CGCGCCCCGAACGGCGGGCGGCCGAGGCGGGCGUGACAGAAAAUGUCGGCUGUGGUGGCGCGGGGAGCUCGGGGGGUGCCUCCUCAGGGAAGCUGUUCUAAUGGCCUCAGAAGGGCAAAGCGAGGAUACAGAGCAUCCACCUGAGCCUCCUACAGUCCCUGCUCAGAGUAACAGAGCCUUUCAGUGGGGAGCUAUACUUGCUGCAGUGAAAGAUCAGCUCCCAUCUCUGGACUCUGACACUUCCACAUCUGAUUGCGAGAGUGAUGAGGAGCUUUUUAUCUUCCAUCGAGAGCAUCCCAACUUAAUUCCUGACCUGUCAGAAGAAUUGCUGGAGUUCUCCCUGGAAGACUCUGACACACAGGUUGUUGGCUGUUGUGAGCAGCAAGUAAAGGAAACAGAAAGAUAUCCAUGGGAGAUCUGGAAUGGAGAUCUGAAAAGUUCUGGCUUUCAGAAAAAAACAGAUGGUGCCCCAGUUAGUGCAAGAGAACAUGUACUGGUGAUUAAAGAUGAGACUUCCAGUCUUGCCAGCCAUGCUGAAGAAAUUCCAGGCCAAAAGGGAGCUGUUUUUUUUGAAGAACCUCUUUCAGAUUCCACAGAUGGACUUGAAGAGAAAGAGCUGGGCAGGCAACAGGCCAAGGAAAGAGUGAACUCUUGGCUUAAUACAGCAUCGUUAGUGGAAGAGCUGGGCAGUAAAAAAGAGAGAAGAAAGCUGAUAAAGACAAAGAUACUCUCAAAAAUAUAUCUGGAGCCAUCACCAGGCCACCCAGAGCUAAAUGUCAAGCCUCCUUCCCAUGGCAUGAGCGACAGUCUAGAAAGAAGUGUUAAGGAAGAAACUUCUACAGCUGACCACCUUCAAGAACAAACCCAUCUGUCCUCGCAGAAUACUGAGAAAUGGGACCUAGACAAGAUUCUUGAGGAGCAGAAGCAGCAGAAAGAUAGCACUCAUGCAGAAUUUGCCAUCUCCUCAGCAGAUCGUGAGACCUUCAGGUGUAGAUCUGAACAUCAGCUCAUGGAAAAACUAGGAGAGCUGUGUGGCAGGCAGUCCAGGACAACAUCUCCAUGCCGCAGGAGGCCAUCAACCAAGAUCUCCUUUCAAGAAGAGCAAGAGAAUAGGAAGGAUGUUGCCUUCCUAUCAUCUUCACCAAGUUCUCUGACGAUGGACACGAUGAGAUUACAGUGCCUGCCAGAGCCUCAAACUGUGUACAUUGAUUUAAGAGAUGCUAAACCACAGAAGUCAGUAACAUUCCAUGAUGAGAACCAAAGUGCAGGCGACAGCUCCACUGAAGAAGAAGAGACUGUGACAAUUAAGGACCAAACAGAAAGGAGAAUGAGCAAUUGCUCAGGGAAAAGUUUGCUACUGCAACAACUCCGUACAGCCCGUAAAGAAGCCUCAGAGCUUCUUCAUGACGCAGCUACCCCAGCUGAAAGACUCAGAGGCACAAAACAAGAUCCAGAAAGUCUGGAAGAGAUGGGUGCCUUUAAACUCAGUCAAAAACAAUAUAGUAAAUUGAGACAAGAGACAGACAAGAUGAUUUCUAGGAAAUUGAGACUGCAACCAGAGAAUAGAAAUGCCCCCUUGUCAAGCCAGGGGAGCAAUGGAGCUGACAUAGAAAGAAAAAGCCAAGUGGAAGCUGAGAGCGUUCAACAUUCAGGAAACGUUCUGGAGUCUCCUCUACCCACGACAGAAUUGCCGAGGACAGAAGAAAGUAAGAUAGAACUAUCUCAAAAGGAAGAACAGAUGAAAGAGAAACACAGGAGACACAGAUUCCAGGAGCAGCUGGAGAGAUUGCAGCCUCAUCAGUCAGUUACUGGAAAGCAGCCCAUGGCAGAGAAAACACCGGUUUUGUUCCACAUGGAAGCCUCUUAUUUGCCAGAUAUUGACACAUUACCUAGAUCAGCCACUAUGAAAAAUGAGGUUCUGCUUAUGACAAUUUGGCUGUCAAGUUGUGGCCAGGUAUCUACAGAUCAGUGCAGUGGGCAGGUGCCUAACAUAGUGCUGAGAGCAGCCGACAUCUACAAUGCCCUUGUGACGUGGCUUCUGUCUCUGGUGCCUCCUGUGAAAAUUGAAGGUGGACCCAAAGCUCCGUUUCAGGUGGUAGGGCUACAGCAGGCCUGGCAAGAGGAUGGAUUGGCCCUAUAUGCAUGUCUGAUGCCACCAGAUGAAUCUCUAGCCCAAAACAGCACCAAAAUCCAGAAGAUGAAAACUGAAGAAGAUCUCCAAGGAAUAUCCAUUUUUUACCAGAGGAUUACUGAAUUUCUAUCCUGUACGUGGCUUCCAGAUGUUAUCUGGUGGAGACCAGAACUGGUGAAUUGCUUCCAAAACCAGCUAUAUCCACUUGCUCCUGAAAUUCCCUCUGUCCUGCUGAGUUGCAUCACUACUGUUAGUCCUGAUCCUCAGGCAGUGGAGAAAGUGUUUGCAGUGCCAAAUGGAUUUUACUGGCAGACAGUAGAAACUGAUGAAGAAUACUUCCCUAAUAGCAGCAACAUUGAGGCUUGCAGCGACAUAGACACUGAGGUUGCCAUGGUAUUGCUGUUUGAAACUCUCCUCCGAAGUUCCCUAGCUACCCAUCACAUGUUGCAGCUGGUACUCAGCUCUGGUCUGGAUGUCUGCGGACUCCGCCUGCUCUAUCCUCAGCAUGAUGUGCUGCUCUCUAGCUCAGAAAAACUGCCUUCUUCCUAUGCUUCAGAGAUGGGCAAGGUGCUACCAGUGCUGGCAUUGGGCGUGAGAGGGCCAAAAGCACGUAGCACCUUGCAGAAUAUCAUUGGGCCAUCUGACCCGCAGCUGGCUGGCGUGACAGACUGCAGUUCCAUCAAUGCCAUCUACUGCAGGAGCCAAGCAGAGCCUCUCGUUUACCUGCCCCAGCUGGACAGCCGUGUGCACAGAGAGCUGUGCCUCUGGUUCGGAGGGAGGGCUGCUCAUGCAGCACUGCAUGGUGGUGUCCUAGAUCCAGCUUCCAGAUGCAACAGAGUGAGGUCUCAGAGUCCUUCAUCAACUAGAGCAGAAGCAGAUGAAGAAAACGUUCAUCUCCAGGACAUGGUGCAACCUCGACCUCCAGCGAUGCUUGUCUCAACUUCCAAAGGGGACAUUAUUUUGAUGGUGUCACCUGUGGUAUCUCCUCAUGCAUAUGGUAAUGUGAUUUUGGUCUGUACUCAUCGGGGUUUUCUUCUGCAAGGAAUCAGACAGCUGCAGCUUUCACCCAAGCAAGCCAUUGUGCUGAGCAUGACAACAAGUCAGAUUGCCGUAUUUUGCCCUAGAAAGAUUUCAAGUUCACCUGCAAACAGUUCUGCAAGAGGAGAGCUUUCUGCUGAGCCAUGCACGCACAGUCUCAUUUUGUUGCUGAGAAAGGAGAAUGCUAGUCACCAUAUUCCUGCGCUGGUAAAAGGACUGAUGAAUGAACUGGCAAAGCAAGGGCUCCGUAGUGACAGGCAGAGCAACCUGCCUGCCGCUGCUGGGCUGGAUCCCUCUGUGUGCUUUCAUGUGGCUCCUUACACCGAGACCUUGCUGCAGGCGCUGGGAGGAAACCUCAGUGCAGUGCCAGGCCCCUGUAACAUUCCUCUGGAUCUUUUCUGCAAUCAAAUAUAUGCCUCUGAACCUGAAAUGGAGCAGGUUGUCAUGCUGACACUGAUCGGAGUGGAUGCUAUGAAGAGUGCUGGAGAGCUUCUUUGCCAGAUCCUUCUUCCUGGGAGCAGUAACCAGUCUCAGAAUGCAGAAGAACCUGAUUCAGGGUUUGAACUUCUAGGUCUCAAAUGGUUGCCCUAUCUCACUCGAUGUCAGGCAAGAGAAAUAACCCCUUUUGAGGUUGGAGAUACUUCCUGGCAAAGAAGCCUUGAUAGACUCAUGUCAAACCCAGUCCUUGUGUGUGCGUUACGGCGGAUCAAUGCCUUCAAAGUUCUUGCAGAUGCGCUGAAAAGAUUAACACAGCACAGGGAGGAGCUAAGCAAAAGUGGCAGUGCUCUACAGAGAGUAAUGGCCUUGACCCCAGAGAUGACGUUCAGACAAGCCAUCCUCUUCUUCACAGAGAAGGAUUUUGUAACUAAUGCAGAAUACCGCCCUGCUACAAAAUACCUGCCACCACCUGGCAAGAAAUCCAGGGCUGAAGAAAAGAGCCAGAGAUGCCGUGAAGAAUCACUAUUUACCUACUUGCAAACAGGAGCCCAGAUCCUUUGCACAGUGCUGCUGAUCAAACCUGGUGCCUGGAGCCAUCGUCUUGCAAGGAUCCUCCAAAAAAUAGACCUAGAAAAAUUCACUGUGGUUGCGAUGAAACACGUACAUCUGGAACCAGACAUUGCCUUAGGACUCCUUUCUUCUGAAGUGAAACAGGAUCCUGCUGUUUUAGAAGCUCAUUGUACCUAUCUUACCUCAGGCACUUCUCUCGUGCUUUGUCUUCAAAGACCAAAUGCUGUGAAGAAGCUGAUAGAUUUACUGGGGCCAGAGGAUCCUAAAGUGGCCCAAGCAUUAGAUCCAUUCCUCUGGAGGGCUCAGUAUGGCAUCAGCACAGUCCAAAACGGAUUUUAUGGCUCCAAAUCCUAUCAAAUAGCUGUCCGGGAUAUGAAGCUGUUUUUCCCAGAAGGGCUGUGCUGCGCCGAGUGUCGGACAUUAGAGGAGGAAGAGAUCUAUAACCUGAAACGUGACCCUAUAGUUGGUUUGGAAAUCAACAGGCAGCGGAGAAUCAUAAAACAUGAAACAGGAGGGCGACUCAAUUUAUUGGGCUCUGGGCAACCAUGCGAUCUUGAUCGGCCAUUGCUUGAUAACCUCUGCCAAACCACUUGCCUCGUCUUGCCUGGGAUCAUCCUUCGGGGGUCAGACCCACCUUACGUUGAACUGCUUGAUCAGCUUAUUGGCAAAGAUUUCACAAUGACUGGAGUACGUCUCACUGUCCUGGACGCACCACAAGCUCAUUGCAUCUCUGAGAUACUAAGCAGGGCAAAGUGCAGUGUUGCAGCAAAGUGUUCCCUUUUAAUGGACGGUUUGUGUCUGGUGUUAGCGGCAGAGCGAGACAAUGCGGUCAUUUGCUUCGACUCCCUGCUGGACAGUGUCUGUUGGCAGAAGCAGUCGCUACUGGACACUGCACAGCAUCUCCUUUAUCCCCAAAAUGAGAAACAGGCUAAAGAGCUGCUCUGUUGUCUUUUUGACUCCCUGACGUCUGACAGCAUCCACCGCAUUGAAUCCCAGGACUGCUAGCCAAGAUGGUCAGUGCCGCCAAGCAGCACACGGGUGGAUGCCAUUGUGGUGGGUAUCUGUGCAGACAGACACCAAGGGGGCUCCCAGCCUCCAAGAGUACUAAGAUUUUUUUUGUCAUUAAAACCAAGUCUGAAGCAU